UUUAAAUUUAAAAACCAAUAUUAGUAUGUCGAAGAAGAAAGGAUUUUACGCAAACAUCAACUCUAAUCAAGAGUUCCGCCAAGCAUUGCUACAAUCGUUGUCAAAAUUUGAGGAUAAUCAUACCCAAAAGACUGCUUGGAAUGAAGUGAGGGAAUUGAUGACUGAGCAUAUCAUAAACACAGAGAGGAUGAAUACCUUCUUGUAUCUCAUCUCUGAGCAGAACCAGCACAUGAAGAUCUCCCAAAAGGAGUAUAUCAAGUUAUAUGGCCUCGCAGGGGAGAUUUUUGAAGAAACCUUGCUCCCCUUCAUUCCAAAAAUUAUGGGCUAUAUGAAAAAGAAGUUGAAAAAUAAUGAUACUCAUCUGCAUGAAGUUUGCUCUGAAUCUUUAGGAAGCAUUGUACAUCACGUGCUCAAGAAUAUAGAGAAUUUUGAUGACUGAUUGAACACUUUUGAAGGUAAUAUUCUCAAAGGGAUUUAUUCAAGCCUGAACAGUCCUGCUAAGAAUACCCAGGUUGGCGCGGGAAUGUGCCUGAGUAAAAUCAUACAAAAUGCUCCAAUAGAUGUACUCAAAGAAUGACUAGAGGGUAUAUCAGAUAAACUUGUGUCUCUCCUAUCUUCAACAAGCUGUAAAUGUCAUACUCAGAUAUUGGAAAGCUUGAUUUCAUUAGUACUAGCAGUUGAAGAAGAGUUUGAACCCUUCUCAGUGGGUUUCCUCCCGUAUCUUUUAGAAUGAAUGGCCAUGAAUGAAUGGUCUACAAGAAAAAUGGCGAUUGAUGUUAUAUACACUCUUGCUGCAAUUCUAAAAGAGGCCUUGCUUCCAUUCAAAUCUGAAAUCCUGGAAGUACUAAAUCAUUCGAGGUUUGAUAAGUAUAAGCCUGUACGAGAAGCUACUCUUGAGGCAUACCAAACAAUCAAAGCUCUUGGAGGCGAUGAUGAUUUAGAUGAGAGUGAUCCAAAUGUUAAGACCAAGAAGCAAAAACCUCCCAGCUUGAGAGAAACUAUCAGACAAGCAAAGAGAGGAAAUAAAGCUCAAAAGAACCCGGAACCCAACUUUGAAAUUCUUGACAACACUGAUAAUAGCAAAAAGUUAAGCGCAGCUACCCAGAAGAGACUUGAGAGGAAGAAAGCAGCCAUGAAUGCUCCUGAGGAGGAUAAAAAGGAGCAUAGACCAAUUACUUCUGAUAUAAAGAAGAUGCCUAAGAACAGUAACUUCUUUAAGCAGAACAAGGGCAAAAAGGAGCAAGGCAUAGAAAUUUUUGUGUCUGGACAACCAAACAAAAUUGACUACGAAGAGAACAUGAAGAAACAUCAGGAAGCAGAGGCUGAAAUCAAAAGAAGCAAAGCCAAAGAUGAGGAUUUUGGUAUCCAAAUAUAUGAAAACCCUAGUCAUGACAAAGAGAGUUCUAAAGUUCAAGAUAAGCCAAGAGCGACUUGGAAAAGAGAAGAAUCAAAGGUGCAAAAUAACUUUGAAGAUAGACCUAUUGGAGGCCUUGGAGGUGGAGUCAAGGACCCAAAAGAUAUUGAUAUUCAAAUAUUCGUGAAAGGGAAUCCACCACCUCAAGCAGAAGAAAGAGGAUCUCCCAAAAUAAAAUCUGAGCAGGUGCAGCAAAACUUCGGAUAUCAAACAGAAGAAAAAGAUGAGGGUGAUGAGAAUGAAUUACAAGGGAAAGAAUAUGAAAAUUCUAUGAAUUUGUUGAAGAAGCAUAAAGAAAUGAUGAAUGAUAGUGCAAAUAGGGAUAAAUCAAGAGACUUCCCACCGAAAUUUGGCGAUUUUGAGCAAAGAGAUAGAGAAGAACAAGAAAGGAGAAGGAAUCAGCAAUCUUUUGCUUAUCAAGAUAGAGUACAACAGGAUUACCAAGCAAGAUCUCCAUUGAAUUAUCCUCCUCAAGCACCAAUGACUCCUCCUGUACAACAGUCAUAUCCAUCCCAAAAUGAAUUAGUGAUCAUGAACAAGGUUGAAGUGUUCACCCAACAGAUGACAAAUUCAAUGGCAAAUCUCCAAAAUUUUGUUAGAAGUGAAAUGACGGGAAUAAAGCAGAGGCUAACAUAUUUAGAAUCAAAAGUGGAGAGUUUAGCAAGGAGACAAAAUGAGUUGGAAUUGGAUAGAUUAAAUCAAAAGGAUAAUCAUAGAGCUAUUGAGCAACCUCCGAUUCUUCAGCAUCCCCCUCCUCUUAUUGAUUCAGUGCAAGUUCCUACUUUUGAUAAUAAGGAGAUGUACCCAGGCCAGCAGAAAUCUUUUACUGACAAUACAAGAAUUCAUGAACCUUUUGAUGAAUGGUCUACUGCUUUAUCUUAUGUUCAGCAAGAGAAAGUCAAUAUGGCUUAUUCACUGAUUCUACAAAAGAGAGAAGAUAUGAUGCUUUUCAAACUGAUGGGAAGAACAGGAGUCUGUCUUGAGAAGUUAGAUCCAGAGAACCUUGAAAAGGUACUCACAACCAUCGUCAGCACUUUGAAGAGCAAAGCUUUUGUUGAUUUAUUAUUACCUUGGGUGAGCUCUUUCUGUAGGCUUUUCACUCAACUCGAUCCAGUUAUCCAAAAGGUUCAUAUUGUCAAAGGAAUUGAGCAGGCUUUGCUCACCCUCAAAACAGACACUCAAGAGUACCUUGAUCAGAUGCAGAAAGAAGAUGUAGAAAGGAUGUAUGCAUUCAUUAAGGCCCAAGGCGAUGGGAAUUCCCUCUAA